AAAAUGCGCGCUCGGCUAGGGGGUGAACCCGUCGAGAUCCGUCGGCUCGGGCACAAGCUUUGAUCACCGAAAGAAACGGCAGAAGGGGCGUGUCUGAGCCUACACAUGCGCGGGAAGUGGGAGGAAGUGUGUCAGGUUCUUUGAAGGGGGGGAGCAUGUAACAAAAAAAAGCUAAGAAGCAGAGCCGUUGGGUCGGGCAUUGCUAAGCCGAGGGGGCGCGUGCGCGCGGCGGAAAGGGAAGGAAAAGGCGGGGCCUCCGUCGGGCGAGGGACGCCCCCGGGGUGUGCGUCUGGCUGGCUGGCUGGCUGGCUGGCGGUGGCUCGAAGUGGACGCAACUUCCACAGGACGGGGCGGCCGUCGUCGUCGUCUCCGCAGUCUUGAGAAGAAGAGCCGGCGCAACCUCACAGGGUCCCUUCUGGUCCUCCUGCGGCUCAGUCUCCUCGCCCAGCCCGGGGCCGGCGCGGGGAGCAUGAAAGUUCCGCCGCCGCCGCCGCCGCCUCCUCCGCAGCACCGGCGCAGCGGCUCUCGCUGCUUCCUGAUUCUCCCGGUCAGGAGGAGCGGGCGCUCUUCCUCACUGCGGUGAGAAGCGGCGGGGCAUCGAGCGGCGGCCCAGAGUCGCUGGCGCUCGGGCGGCAUCUGCGGCAGUUCUCUGCCCGGCCUUCAGGGAGCGUUCCGCGCCUUCCUUCUCCACCUAAAGUGCCUCGCCGUCUCCUGCUGAAGAGAUCGAUCCUGCUGGAGGAGAAAAGGUGGGAGAGAGGCGAGCACGAAGAAAGCCACGCGCACGUCGCUGUCACCCCCCGAAAUAAGCCCUUCACUCGCCUGGGGUUUUUUCUUCCUCUCCCUCCCUUCGUCGAAGCCUGUAUUGCAACAGCAGUCACCGGAGUCUCUCUACAGUUUUAUUUUUUCGAGAUGACUUAAUGUUUUGUCAAGGGCUGGUAUUUUUCCGUCUGGGGCUUAUUUUUUCUGGCAAAAGAAAGGCAAUCGCUCUUCUCCCCCUUUCUGCAGGACAGACUUUUAGGGGUGAAGAGGAAGAACAUUCUUGAAUACCUGAAUUUCAUUGCAGCUGGGAAUUACUCUUGGGACAUUCCCCUAUUCAUUCUUGCAUCCUCUUAAGCUAUAAAUAGAUCCGGGUUUUCUUUGCUGGAUUCUGUAAAGUUCAGUUCUGAUCAAAAUGGAGCAUGGCAAGAUGGAUUAUUUCUGUGAUCAGGUACAACAGAAAGAUGUGGGCCACAGGAUGCAGAUCGGCCAGGAAUUUCUGGAAUAUUUGAAUGAUCCCAGUGUUUCCACUGAUCUUGACCAGGAUCAGCAGCGCCUUGAUAAAGUGAUUGAUGAAUUAACAGGAUGGGUGAACUCUAGUAAUUACAAGGUGUCAUUACUUGGAUUAGAUCUUCUAGGUGCCUUUGUUGACAGACUGUCAGGACGCUUCAAAUCCUAUAUAGGACCUGUUCUUAUAGUGUUGAUGGAUCGAAUGGGAGAUGCCAAAGACCAGGUUCGCGAACAAGCACAGAAUCUUGCUUUGAAGUUAAUGGAUCAAGCAGCUCCACCGAUGUUAAUUUGGGAACGUCUUGCUGCUGGCUUUAAACACAAGAACUAUCGUUCACGAGAAGGAGUGUGUCAUUGUCUUGUUGCAACAUUAAAUGUGUAUGGUGCACAAUCGUUAAUUCUCAGCAAACUGGUGCCACACUUAUGCAUCUUGUCUGGAGAUUCCAAUAGCCAGGUGAGAGAUGCUGCAAUAUUGGCAAUUGUGGAAAUUUAUAGACAUGUAGGAGAGAAAGUAAGAAUAGACCUUAACAAAAGGGGACUUCCCUCUGCAAGAUUACAAACAAUAUUUAUGAAAUUUGAUGAAGUGAAAAAUUGUGGCAAUAUGAUUUCAAGCAACAUCAGUGAUAAAAGCUUUGAUGAUGAAGAAUCAGUGGAUGGAAAUAGGCCAUCUUCAGCUGCUUCAGCUUUCAAGGUUCCUGCACCUAAGAAGCCUGGAAAUCCUUCAAAUACUUCAAGAAAGCCAGGUUCUGCUGGUGGGCCUAAGGUUGGAGGCACCACCAAAGAAGGAGGGGCUGGUGCUGUUGAUGAAGAUGAUUUUAUAAAGGCAUUUACAGAUGUUCCUACUGUCCAGAUCUACUCCAGUCGUGAACUUGAAGAAACACUCAAUAAAAUCAGGGAAAUCUUGUCAGAUGAUAAACAUGAUUGGGAUCAAAGAGUUAAUGCGCUCAAGAAGGUCCGGUCAUUACUUGUUGCUGGAGCUGCACAAUACGAUGGAUUUUUCCAGCAUUUGCGGCUGUUGGAUGGAGCAUUUAAAUUGUCAGCUAAAGACCUCAGAUCACAAGUGGUUAGAGAAGCAUGCAUUACAGUAGCCCAUCUUUCAACAGUUCUAGGAAAUAAGUUUGAUCACGGCGCAGAAGCCAUUGUGCCUAUCCUGUUUAAUCUGGUCCCUAAUAGCGCCAAAGUUAUGGCUACUUCUGGGUGUGCAGCCAUUAGAUUUAUUAUUCGACAUACCCAUGUUCCCAGACUCAUACCUUUAAUAACCAGCAACUGUACCUCAAAAUCUGUUGCAGUCAGAAGGCGCUCUUUUGAAUUUCUAGACCUGUUGUUGCAAGAGUGGCAAACUCAUUCAUUGGAAAGGCAUGCAGCUGUCUUGGUUGAAACCAUCAAAAAAGGCAUUCAUGAUGCUGAUGCUGAGGCAAGAGUAGAGGCAAGAAAGACUUACCUAGGUCUAAGAAAUCAUUUUCCAGGUGAAGCCGAGGCGCUGUAUAAUAAUCUUGAGCCAUCCUAUCAAAGAAGUCUCCAUACAUACUUAAAGAAUUCUGGUAGCAUCGCAUCACUUCCACAAUCAGACAGGUCAUCCUCCAGCUCUCAGGAAAGCCUCAAUCGCCCGUUCUCUUCAAAAUGGUCGACAUCCAGUUCAGCAAGUAUGGCUGGCAGAGUUGCAGGGGGCACCAAGACUGCUCCUAGCCCAGGAACACUGCAGAGGUCUCGCAGUGACAUUGAUGUUAAUGCUGCUGCUGGUGCAAAGGCACGACAUGGUAUUGGUCAACCAGCAGGAGCUGGCCGUUUAGCAGCAGCUGGUCUACCUCCAGGAUCUUAUGCUUCACUAGAGGAUACUUCUGACAAGAUAGAUGGAACAACUUCUGAAGAUGGACGUGUACGAACCAAGCUUUCAACACCCUCUAUUGGCAUGGGAAACUCAAAGACAGAUUCCAGAGGCCGUAGUCGAACAAAAGUUGUAUCUCAAUCUCAGCGUUCAUCAUCGCCAGACAAAAAUGAAGCUGGAAGCCGUUCUGGUUCCCCUGGAAGAGUUUUGACUACAACUGCACUCUCAACUAUGAACAUGGGUGUUCAAAGAGUGUUAGUCAGCCCUGCAACAGCACAAAAACGGAGUAAAAUUCCUCGAAGCCAAGGAUGCAGCAGAGAGGCCAGCCCCUCAAGACUGUCAGUUGCACGAGGUAGUCGUAUUCCUCGACCUAGUGUGAGUCAGGGGUGCAGUCGGGAAGCCAGCCGUGAAAGUAGCAGGGAUACAAGCCCUGUCCGCUCAUUUGCACCCCUUGCUUCCAGGCAUCACUCCAGAUCUACUGGUGCCCUCUACUCUCCAGAUGUUUAUGGGGCUACAGGCACAGGUUUUGGAAUAAGUCAGUCAAGUCGAUUGUCUUCAUCAGUUAGUGCCAUGCGAGUCUUGAACACAGGUUCAGAUGUGGAAGAAGCAGUAGCAGAUGCUUUGAAAAAGCCAGUGCGAAGGAGAUAUGAAUCAUAUGGAAUGUAUUCUGAUGAUGAUGCCAACAGCGAUGCAUCUAGUGCCUGUUCAGAAAGAUCAUACAGCUCUCGGAAUGGUACCAUACCUACGUAUAUGCGGCAGACAGAAGAUGUGGCUGAGGUCCUCAAUCGCUGCGCAAGUUCCAACUGGUCAGAAAGAAAAGAGGGUCUUCUAGGGCUACAAAAUUUAUUAAAAAAUCAGAGGACAUUAAGUCGUGUUGAAUUAAAGAGAUUGUGUGAAAUCUUCACAAGGAUGUUUGCUGACCCUCAUAGCAAGAGAGUGUUCAGCAUGUUUUUGGAGACUUUAGUAGAUUUUAUCCAAGUCCAUAAAGAAGAUUUACAGGAUUGGCUAUUUGUGCUGCUUACACAACUGUUGAAAAAAAUGGGUGCUGACUUGUUGGGGUCUGUGCAAGCAAAAGUUCAAAAGGCACUUGAUGUGACCAGAGAAUCCUUUCCAAAUGAUCUCCAGUUCAGCAUUUUAAUGAGAUUUACUGUUGAUCAGACCCAGACACCCAGCUUGAAGACAGUCAAGCCAGCACUGCAGGACCAGCUUCGCUCUUUUUGGAGCUCCAAGGUAAAAGUUGCAAUUCUUAAAUACAUAGAAACUCUUGCGCAACAGAUGGACCCAGGCGAUUUUGUAAAUUCAAGUGAAACCCGUCUAGCAGUAUCUCGAAUUAUCACCUGGACAACAGAACCUAAAAGCUCAGAUGUUAGAAAGGCUGCACAGUCGGUCCUGAUUUCCCUUUUUGAACUCAAUACUCCAGAGUUUACAAUGUUGUUGGGUGCUUUACCAAAAACGUUUCAGGAUGGGGCCACAAAGCUUCUUCACAAUCAUCUCCGAAACACAGGAAAUGGUGGCCAGGGGUCUAUGGGAAGUCCUUUAACGAGGCCUGUUCCACGCUCCCCAGCAAGUUGGUCUAGCCCCAUCACUUCCCCAACAAAUACAGCCCAAAAUACUUUGUCACCAAGUGCAUUUGAUUAUGACACAGAAAACAUGAAUUCAGAAGAUAUUUAUAGUUCUCUCCGUGGUGUAACUGAAGCAAUUCAGAAUUUUAGCUUCCGCAGUCAAGAAGAUAUGAAUGAGCCUAUGAAACGGGAUUCCAAAAAAGAUGAUGUUGAUUCAAUUUGCAGUGGGUCUGGAAUAGUAGAUCUGCGAGCAGGAGGUGGUGCCAGUGAUACAGGCCGAACAGCUCUUGACAACAAAACCUCAUUACUUAACACAAUGCCUCCUCAUUCUUCCCCACGGUCACGUGAUUAUAAUCCAUAUAAUUACUCGGAUAGUGUUGGUUCUUUUAACAAAUCAGCUUUAAAAGAGGCCAUGUUUGAUGAUGAUGCAGACCAGUUUCCUGACGAGCAUCCCCUGGAUCAUUCUGACCUGGUUGCGGAAUUGCUGAAAGAAUUAUCAAACCAUAACGAGAGAGUUGAAGAACGGAAAGCUGCCCUUUAUGAAUUAAUGAAAUUGACACAAGAAGAAUCUUUUGGUGUCUGGGAUGAGCACUUCAAAACAAUUCUGCUUCUAUUACUUGAAACCCUUGGGGACAAAGAGCAUGCAAUUAGAGCACUGGCAUUGAAAGUUUUGAGAGAGAUUUUAAGACACCAGCCAGCAAGAUUUAGAAAUUAUGCAGAGCUUACAAUCAUGAAGACUUUAGAAGCUCAUAAGGACCCUCACAAGGAGGUGGUACGGUCUGCUGAAGAGGCUGCUACUAUGCUGGCCACAUCCAUUAGUCCAGAUCAAUGCAUCAAAGUACUCUGCCCCAUUAUUCAGACAGCAGAUUACCCCAUAAAUCUGGCUGCAAUCAAAAUGCAGACUAAGGUGAUAGAGAGGGUACCAAAAGAAACACUUGCUCAGCUCUUGCCAGAAAUAGUACCAGGUCUAAUACAGGGCUAUGAUAACUCUGAGAGCAGUGUUCGGAAGGCUUGUGUAUUCUGUCUGGUAGCCAUUCAUGCAGUCAUUGGUGAUGAGCUGAAGCCACAUCUCAGUCAACUCACUGGCAGCAAAAUGAAACUGUUGAACCUUUACAUCAAACGUGCACAAACAGGCUCUGGAGCAGGUGAUGCAGCUGCUGAUGUUCCUGGACAAAGCUAGUGAAGCUGAUGCCCACAUAACAGGUCUUGUGAAGAAAGACAGUCAGCUAAAGGAAAAGUCUCAAACACAGCUUUUGGAACUCUUAAUUUUCAUUGGGGUGUUUUUUUGUUUUUUAUUUCCCCUUAACGGAGGGCUACUCUCAGCCUGCAUGUGACUGUUGCAGUUACUCCAUAUCCAAGGGAAAAACAGUAUUAAUAUCACUUGUUCGAAGCAAAAUAAAUUUUAAAAUGCUAAUCCAUCAUGUUCUCUGUUCACACUCUUCUGUGUGUCUUCCCAUUGAUUUUGAUCAGUGUUACUGUACAUUUUUCUUUUAAAAAAAACUAAUUAAACAGGAAUGCUUUAAGCUGUAAAAGCUAAAAUCUAAAUUUCUUUGUUUUUAUUCCACUGCAAAGUAACAUGUAUCAUUUUUUUCUGAAGCGGCAGGAUUCAAAAACAACUAAGCCAAACUGGUCUGAAUCACAACUAGACUAGGAGUACUGGAGGCGCAUCCACAUAUGUAUGUCUUUACUCAGGUAACUGAGUCAGAAAGCAAGCAGUGCUCAUAAACAGCUGGAUCAGUCCAGCUCUGUAAAAGUGGUUAUAGUUUGCUGCUUGAUAUAUUUGUCCCAUACAAAUUCCAUGCAAACAAGGAGGACAAACUCAGCACCUCCUGUGUGGAAGAGAAUUAAAAUACUUUGUUGCAGACCUGGGACUGUUUAGCGCCCUGCCUUCCCAACAACAGAUGAAGCAAACUCUCUUAAUGGAUGUGAACUACCCUUGUCACCACCUCUUUAAGCAGGAUGCUUCAGAGUGGAGUGCUCUGCACAAGCAUGCUCAGUAUGUAUGUAUCACUAGAAUGUUUCCUUUCCAACCCAGUUACUGGAACUAGUAGUUCUAUCAUUUUAACUCACAUAGGGAUAUAUGACAGCACUGCAGAAAAAAAAAUCAGCAAUGGGGGCUUUUUGCAUUGAAUUUUGCGGGGGGCGGGUACAGGAAGGAAUCACACGCACUAUAGACUUUGACACAUUGGCUUGAAAUUUUAAUUGAAUGAUUUUGAAAAACCACACCAAAUCUACUGAAUAGCUUUCAUAGUGGUGUCAUCAAGGCCAUCUGGAUUGAGAUGUGGAAAUAAGGUUGUUUCUGUAACUUUUUUUAAACUUCAUUGUGAAUAAUGCAUCUUUGUAUUUAUGGACUUAAUAACUGAAAGAGAGAAUGAAAAUUAAGUAAAUGUCCCCAAAUAUCUUCUGUUUCUCAGAUGUAAGCACCCUGCUUCUUAAUUGAGAGGUGGGAGUGAGAACAGCACCCUUCUCACAAUGGCUAGAGCAUAGAUUUUGUGACCAGGGUUACAUCAUCUAGUUUUAGAAAUUUGAUCUUUACAGGAGAGAAGAUAGUGCCAAGGAGGAUUUUUUCUGUACUAGGCUAAGAUUCUCUCUACCUCUUCAGCGUGAAUGCUUUUAAUUAAGCUGCUACCCAUAAUGUCUUGUGGAAAAACUUUUGUCUAUAGAAAUAUUUUUUUAUUUUCCUUUUUUGUUCUUUUGCUGAUGUGUAUUCAAAGCCUGAUUCUUUAACAUGCAGCCAAAUACCAUUUAUAAAAGAGUUAAUAUUACUUCACUUAUUAUCUUGAAAGAGAAAUUGAAAUACCUGCAUUUUACAUAAUUUAACGAUUACUUUGAUCGGAAAUGAUUCUGGCUGGGAAAGACAAAAUGUGGUUAUUGAAGCUGUUGCAGAAAGCUGUUUAUUGGGGAAAAUAUUUUAGAAAUACAUGUAAAAAUACUAAAAAUUGCAUUAUUCGUCACUGGCUUUUUUUAGCAGUUGCAUCAGGAAAAUAGUCUCCCCUUCCUCAUUCUCAUGUGUGUAACAUUCUUGUUUUCUACUGUUCUAUUACAUUGUGUAUUUAUAGUUCUCUGCUUACCAUUGUGCAUAUACAGGCAAUAAACUGUACAUAACAUUACUUGAAAAAUUUA